CGCGCCUCGGAUGUCCCUCCCGCCCAUCGACAACGCCUCGCAUAGCUCCAUUCUCUCAGACAGCCUGCGCAGGCUCCAACUCAAAGAGCGGAUACCCUCUUCACUCGUCGAGCCUACGAAGAAGCAUCGAGUCAACAGCACGGAGGGGCUGGACGCUACUGGGGAGAUCGCUAUGCUGAAUAGCGAGCCAUCGAGCCCGAGCCAGCUCCAACGCCAGGCUCACGGACAUGUAUAUGAAGGGUACGGAUUCAGGCUGUCGUCUGGGGCAGCCACGCCAUUGAAUAAUUCAACUGCUGGGGCAAGCAGUCCCUUACCAGAUCCUAACGGCCUCGGUUGGCCAGCAAAGUCCACGCUUGCACGCCUCAAUGCUACCCCAGAAGAGAGAGCUGCACGCGAAGAGAAGCUGGCAGGCGCCGUACGAACACUGCUCGAAUGCAUUGGCGAAGACCCAGACAGAGAGGGCCUUGUGCGCACGCCGGCGCGGUACGCCCAGGCAUUGAUGUAUCUGACAAAGGGCUACGAGGAACGGCUAACAGACAUAAUCAACGACGCUGUGUUCGCCGAGGACCACGACGAGAUGGUGAUUGUGAAGGACAUAGACAUCGCGAGUCUGUGCGAACACCACCUCGUGCCCUUCACCGGCAAAGUCGCGAUCGCCUACAUCCCGAACAAGCUCGUGCUCGGCAUUUCGAAGCUCGCGCGCAUCGCAGAGACAUUCUCGCGCCGGUUGCAGGUCCAGGAGCGCCUCACGAAGCAGAUUGCCAUCGCAGUGCAGGAAGCGAUCAAGCCGCGCGGUGUUGCUGUGGUUAUGGAGGCGACGCACCUCUGUAUGACUAUGCGCGGCGUCCAGAAGCCCGGCUCGUCCACGGUCACCUCGUGCAUGCUUGGCUGCUUCCGCACCCAGCAGAAGACGCGCGAAGAGUUCCUCACGCUCAUCAGGGGCCGGUGAGGUCGUCCCCUCCGGUGUCUGCCAUGGUUUAUUUGCCGGGCCCCGUGAUACCCUUCGAUUCGAUUCGAAGUCCACCCACGCGCGUCCUUCAACAAGGGCUCGCGAUUAAUUUAUUUCACUCCAUCACAUUGCACUUAUUCUAGCGGCACACUUGGCUAUGCCCCGCGUGUAUCAAACGAUUCAACUCACCUAUCAUGUUUUCAACCACAUCAAGCCUCAGACUACCACCGUCUCGACACUGUAUCAAUUCAACAUUGGGCCUUUGUUUUUCCUAACAUGAUUUUUCUCUGUCGACGUUUGCAAGUUUGUAAUGACUCAGAUGGGCGCAUCGGAUUAGAACCC